GUUCAGGCACUCAAUGUUUAUCUUUAUACUUGAGCUAAUUUAAACCAUUGUAUAGUCUUGUCCCUCUUGAAGUGUAAUAUCACCGAUUCAUUCGUCUCUGUAAAACAGCUUUUCACUCUUUAUUUCGUUAUUUUCUAUUGGCUUGUUCCCUGGCAAGUAAUGUCGGAGCUUUUAUCAUACGCUGUGGCCAUUUUCGUCAGAAUUGAAUUGAUAAAGCUUUGUGGUUAGCUAGCAAACUAGCAUGAUUUGAUACCUGAAGAACGGUUGUUUAUUAUUGUCACUUGGGGAGAACCCCCGUUGGUCAACAUUCAAUAAUGUAUGAACAGGAAUGUCCGUUCGUCGUGUUUUGAUUUUUCUAUUUUGUACAUACAUUGUUUUGUAUAUACUGUAUAUGAUGACCUCGUUGGGUGGUGACAAAGCCCGGGGCACUCGGGAUAAAGUGCUGCCUGCUGCCACCCACACAACUCAACCACAGAAACAGCUCCAGGCGACCGCAGAGCAGAUCCGGCUCGCCCAGAUGAUCUAUGACAAGAAUGAUUCUGAUUUUGAGGACAAAGUGAACCAGCUGAUGGAGGUGACCGGAAAGAACCAGGACGAGUGCAUGGUAGCGCUCCACGACUGCAACGAGGAUGUCAACAGAGCCAUCAACUUCCUCCUUGAGAGCACCUCUGACACGACCUCAUGGGAGACAGUGGGGAAAAAGAAACCCCUAGCGAAGGACGGUCCUGCGGAGGGCAAGGAGAACCGGGAGAAGAGAGGAGGAGAGAGGGAGGUCAGCAGGGGCCGCGGGGGAAGCAACCGGAGAGGCAGAGGGGCCAGCAGUCGCAGCCGCCAGGGGGAGAGAGUGCGGCCAGAGGAGAAUGGUGUGGAAGUGGUCCCUGUGGACAGAGGGUCAGAGCGAGGCCGCAGGGGGGGGCGAGGGGGUAGAGGUGAGUGUCAUUUAGUGGCACUUUCUCAUGUGUUCCAGUCAACACUCCCAGUCGGAUCUGGAGGCAGAGGAAGGGGCAGGGUGCCAGCGGGAAGCAGGUUCUCAGCCCAGGGAAUGGGGACCUUUAACCCAGCAGACUACACUGCAGAACAGAGGACAGGGGCCACACAAGAUGACUCCUGGGAGUCAGGAGCCAUCAACAGCACAGACGGGACAGUGGCCUGGAGGAGUACACUGGAGGACUGGGCUGCUGAGGACUGGAGCGAGGAUCUCUCUGAGACCAAAGUGUUCACUGCCUCAAGUGCACCGGCACCCCAGAACAACAUCACACCUGGGCAAAGCCUGGACCAUGCGUCUAUGCUGCAGAAGCCAGUGGGAGGAGAAGAGGCCCCCUCUCAGAGCCUGGUCUUCACAAACUCCCACCAUCACCCCGCCCGCAACGGGUCGGCUAUCGGCACAGGCAGUACCAGCUACGCACAUGCCGCCCUGUCGUCAGUGCUGGGGGCAGGUUUUGGGGACCUGGGUCAGUCUAAGAGGAGUCAGUCCAGUCCAGGGGCCCAGAUCUUGGAGCAGCUGAAGGGCCCAGGCCUGGGUCCUCUCCCCUCCUCCCAGGCAGCCCCCCCUCCCAGCACACAGGGGACUAGCAGCACCUCUCUGGGGAGUAGACUCCCAGGGUUAGGAGUAGCACCCCCGGUCCUCCCUCCGCCUUCCACUUCCAGCUGGGACAUCAAGACCCCAGAGCCUAGCACCACCACCACCACCUCACUCACCUCCCACUUCAGCCGGGAGUUUAGACUGCAGCCUGAGCCGUCCCUGGUGCUGAGCCAUCUAGUCCAGAGACACGGCGCCCCCUCUCUGCCCCUGGCGCGCCAGUCCAGCCCCCCGCCAGCCCAAUCCCCCUCCCCCAGCCAGGGACCCCCCCUGGCCGCCAUCGGUGCCAAGCCUGCCCCCAGCGCAGGGCCGGACCCUCAGGGCAGCAGCUCGCUGCAGCACCGCAUUCCGCAGCUAAAGGCUCAGAAACGAAGGAUACCUCCCACCUCUAAGAUCCCAUCGUCGGCGGUGGAAAUGCCCGGCUCUGCCGACAUCCCCGGUCUCAACGUUCAGUUCGGAGCGCUGGACUUUGGCUCGGAGGCGGCCCUGCCGGACUUUGGCCCCGUGGAGACAUGUGUCAGCGUGGCCUCCAGGGCCCCCGCCCCACAGAGCCAGACCAACCUCUACUCCAAACCCCUCAGUGAAUCUAUGGGCACCCCUCUCUCCAUUCCCCUCCCUCUGUCCUCCUCUGAGCCCAUCUACCACUCCCCGUCGGUGGCCAUGCCCAGCCUCGCCCCCUCCGCUAUGGGUAUGGUCAGCUCCUCCACUCCCUCCUCCUCCAUUUCCUCCUCAGUGCCCUCCUCCUCCUCCACUUCUCCCUUCGUCUCACUGGGAAGCGGUUAUGACUGUGGGCCUGUGGCCCCUCACUCACGCCUGGCCUUCUCCCAGAGCAAAGAGGCCUCCGGACCAAUCAUGAACGGUCUGAACGGUGUGAGGACGUCUGCGAUGGACACUUCAUCAGCCUCCUCCACGCCAAAGCCAGAGUCUCCCUCUCCGAGCAUCAGUACCAGCAGUGCUCCUGCCCCCUCUGCCCUCAUGCCCUCCUCCAUACCCCCCCACAGCUCAGCACUUCCCAGUCUGCCACACGACAUGCCCUCUGCCAGCUUGGCAACACUGAGCAGUCAUGGCAGCAGUAGUCAUUCCUCAGUGCUCGGCUCCAGCUCUCUCACUUACACCAGUGUGGACAGUAGUGUGAGCUCUCUGGCACCCUCGUCUGGCUCCUACUCAACUGGCCAGGCCCCGGCCCAGUCUCUGCACCAGGCCCAGUCUCUGCACCAGGCCCAGUCUCUGCACCAGGCCCAGGCCCAGUCUCUGCACCAGGCCCAGUCGCUGCACCAGGCCCAGGCUCAGUCGCUGCACCAGGCCCAGGCUCAGUCGCUGCACCAGGCCCAGGCUCAGUCGCUGCACCAGGCCCAGGCUCAGUCGCUGCACCAGGCCCAGGCUCAGUCGCUGCACCAGGCCCAGGCUCAGUCGCUGCACCAGGCCCAGGCUCAGUCGCUGCACCAGGCCCAGGCUCAGUCGCUGCACCAGGCCCAGGCUCAGUCGCUGCACCAGGCCCCGGCCCAGUCGCUGCACCAGGUCAACAGCAGCAUGGCUCACAUCAUGGGCACCAUGAGCCACAUGAACAGUAUGGUCAGUAGCAUGGGUGGCACCAGCGGGCUACACGCCAGCCAAGCACUGGGGCUCAGCGCCAAUGGAACCACAGCCCAAUCAAACCUCUCCUCGGCCCCCAGGACCGCACCGCUGCUCUCCUCCUCAACUGGUAAAGCUCAUCCUAACCUGUCCCAGGGAGGGCCCCCACUACUGCCCAACCAGUACAUCAUGGGCCCAGGAGGCCUGCUGCCAGCCUACCCGCAGAUCUAUGGCUAUGAGGACCUCCACAUGCUACAGUCCAGACUGCCUAUGCCCUCUUUGCAGGAUUAUUACGGAAUCACAUUCCCUGGCCCCACAGCACUCUCUGGCAGAGAUGGGAGCCUCGCCAAUAACCCCUACUCAGGUGAAGUCACAAAGUUUGGCAGGGGUGACUCCACCUCCCCUGCACCCCCCAGCAGCUUGUCAGCCCAACAGCAGCCCCAACAAGGCCAGACCCAGGCCCAGCCUCAACCCCCCCAGCCUCAAGGCCAGCCCCAGCCUCAGGGCCACCACAGCAGCCAGCAGCAGCAGGCCUUCCUCCCGCCGGGCUACAGCUACACGGGCCUGCCCUACUAUCCUGGGAUGCCCGGCGCUGCCUUCCAGUACGGCCACACCAUGUUCAUGCCCCAGGGACAAGGGCCAGCCAAACAGCACGGUGUGGGUCUGGGUAACCCCUCAGCAAGCCCCUUCCAGCAGCAGCCCAGCGGCUACGGCCAGCACACUUUCAGCUCAGGGUAUGAGGACCUGACCCAGGGCCAAGCAGGAGUGGACUACAGCAAAGGCUACAGCAACUCAUCCCAGAGCCAGGCCAAAUCUGCUGCUACAGGUGCUGGUAAAGGCGGCAUCUCUGUAACGUCAGGCAACACCGGGAUCCCAGAAAUCAGUGGCAGUGUUUACAACAAGACCCAGUCCUUUGAUAAGCAGGGUUUCCAUACGGGGACUCCCCCUCCCUUCAACCUGCCCUCAGCUCUGGGGGGUCCUGGAGGGGCCCCGGGGGGCUAUGCUCCUGCCCCCUUCCUCCACAUCCUGCAGCCUGCCCACCAGCAACCCCACUCCCAGAUGCUGCACCAUCACCUGGCUCAGGACGGACAGGGCGGUCCUAGCCAGCGAGGCCAGUCUAGCAGCAUCCAGCAGAAGAGCCAGGUCAACAAGUCCAGCUACGGCAGCUCCCCAUACUGGGGCAACUGACAGGGCUGUGUGUCUGAGUGUAUAUACUGCAGCGUGCCCACCUAUCUUGACUGAUCAGACCAUCGAAGGACAUACCAUUUUACAGCACCGAGCUAAAACACACUACCACCCCCCCCCCCCCCCCCCUCAAUAUUCCCCCUUUCAAAUUUAUGGCUGUUGUAUGUAAAAUAUAUUUAUGUAUGUAUUUAUACAGUAUAUAUGUAUUGGUAGGACAUGAAAUGUGGUUUUCUGCAUUUGUUUUAUUUUUUUGAAGGAUGUUUUAUUUCAAAAUGUCAGGAAGAUGAGCAUCAAAGAUCAUGAGAAGUAAUUAUGAAGUUGAUGGUGAAUAUACUUGAACCAGAACAAGCAUCAUGUGGCGUGGCCGAUUUUUGUAUGCAUACAUGACCCUGAUGUACAUUACUGCUAAGCAUCAUUUUUCAUGGUGAAGCCUUUUUUUUAAAGCUUUUUUUUUUUUUUUUUGUAACUUCGGUCUCUCCCAUCUGAACUCUUUUCUAUUGAGGGUGACUUAAGUUGAUAGCUUGAGUUUUUUUUUUUUUUGGCCCCUUUAUCCCAACAUUUGAUUCCCACCUUUAGUUGGCUGACGUGUGACAGCCAGGCAUUGGAUGUCAAUAACAUUGGUUUAAUCUUCAUUGUCCAACAAAUAAAAGUUCUGAACAGUUA